UCGUGUAGGACAAAUCACCACUUGCCGCUAAUUUACUUCCUAUCUACUUCACAUCACUGCAACCAUCCCACUGAGGGGGUUUAAUAGCCGAGACGUUGUCUAACAUUGUCAUUCAUUAUCUUACACCGGAUCCAAGGAUACUCCAGACAACGGUGAUAAAUGUACGCGCCUCUUAUGGAAAUAUCAGCUUUAGAAACAUGCUCCUGGAUGCUUUGAUAUGAUUGGGCGUUUCUGAAUGUACUCUUUGGUGUAUAUAGUAGGACGAAGGAGGAAAACAGUAAACACGUCUACUGUCUGGUUGAAAACGCUCCCGACCUUGAACUGUAUAUUUCCUGGGAGGAUUUUCACUGUGUUCAGUGUUGUAAGAAUAUUUCAACUCCAACAGCAAUGGUACGAGAAGAGCUCCUUGUCUUCAUUAUUGGAUUUACGAUGGUAUGUGGAUCGGGGAGAUUGUCCCUCCGACUCCUGUCCUUCAACAACCCCGGGGGCAGGGGGAGUAACGGCAACUACUGCGACGGGUUCAGCUUCUUGAAGCAUUCCGCGUGUGAUCACCAGUUCACCAUAUGUCUGAACUCUGUAUACGGGUCCAUGGAUCUUUCACAAUGCCAAUAUGGGCGGGCGGUGACCGGCGAGGUCAGAGAUCAGGAUCGGAUCACAUUCCGGACAGAUAUCGGGGUGUCGGAACCCCAUUGUGUUUCGCAUUACGUCAUUUCCGGUGCAUCAUCACUCAGGUGUUCAGAUGUGUCCACUAUUGGCCUGUUAUUGUCCAUGGAUCUUUCACAAUGCCAAUAUGGGCGGGCGGUGACCGGCGAGGUCAGAGAUCAGGAUCGGAUCACAUUCCGGACAGAUAUCGGGGGUGUCCGGAACCCCAUUGUGUUUCGCAUUACGUCAUUUCCGCCCAAGCUACGAAUCAAGGUUGGAAUAUGGGACGUGGAUAGCAGCAACGCACACGACUUCGUUGACUUACUGGCUAAAGACACGACCUUGACCCCAAGUCAUACCGAGGCUGGUUCCUUGCCGGUUCGAUUGCUGAUCCGGAGGAGAAGCUCUCUGCUUGUUGAGCUCCGAUCUUACUGUGAUCCCAACUACUACGGCAAACAGUGUGCAGUGUUCUGCUCAGCGAGUACUAAGGGGCGGUACACCUGCCACCCGUAUACAGGAGCCAAGAUCUGCACACCAGGCUGGCACGGCAUGAACUGUGAGAUGAACGUGGAUGACUGUGUCAGCAGCCCGUGUCAAAACGGAGCCACGUGUAUUGACAAACACCGAGGAUAUGUAUGUGCGUGCGCAUAUGGGUUCACGGGUGAACGAUGUGAGACAAGAAUCAACCCAUGUCUGUCCAACCCUUGCAGCAACGGUGGACUCUGUGAGGACACCGGCAGGGGUUACACGUGUAACUGUCCGGUCGGGUGGGAGGGGCCACGGUGUGCUGUGGACAGGGACGAGUGCACGAGCCACCCGUGUCAUCAUCGAGGAACAUGUGUAGACUAUCCGGGAGCCUACGAGUGUUUGUGUCUGAAUGGCUUCACAGGGCGCUUGUGCGAGGUCAACAUUGACGACUGUUUGAGCAAUUCUUGCAUCAACAACUCUACCUGCGUGGACGACGUGAACGACUAUCGUUGCGCAUGCGCAUCAGGAUAUACUGGACGGUUUUGUGAGUUGAAUAUCAACGAGUGUUUAAGUAAUCCAUGCGCCAACAACGCUACCUGCGUGGACAACGUCAACGGCUACAUUUGCACAUGCGCUGCAGGAUUCUCUGGGAAACUCUGUGAGGAGAAUAUCGAUGACUGUGCUAUCAACCCGUGCGUCAACAACGGCACCUGCAUGGACGACGUUAAUAGCUAUCGUUGCGCAUGCGUGACAGGUUUUACCGGACGGUCAUGUGAGGUGAACAUCAACGAGUGUUUAAGUAAUCCAUGCACUAACAACGCCACCUGCGUGGACAACGUCAACGGCUACAUUUGCACAUGCGCAGCAGGAUUCACUGGCAAAUUCUGUGAGGAGAAUAUCGAUGACUGUGCUAUCAAUCCCUGCGGCAACAACGGUAGGUGCAUGGACGACAUUAACAGCUACCGUUGCGCAUGCGCGACGGGUUUUACUGGACGGUAUUGUGAGGUGAACAUCAACGAGUGUUUAAGUAAUCCAUGCACCAACAACGCUACCUGCGUGGACGACAUUAACGGAUAUCGUUGCACAUGCGCAUCAGGAUUUCUUGGCAACAACUGCGAGCUUAAUGUAGAUGAGUGUGCCUCUGCUCCUUGUGAAAAUGGCGGAACGUGUUCUGAUGGCUUGAAUGCGUUCUCGUGCAAAUGUCCCGAUGGAUACGAAGGCGAAUACUGCGAAAAUAGAUCCGACCCAUGUAACAGGAACCCAUGUCAUAACGGCGGAAUGUGUCGCACGGAUAUCACUGAUUUUACGUGUCUCUGCCCGUCUGGUUAUGCUGGUAAGCUAUGCGAAACAGAGGACCCGUGCGUGAGUCGGCCAUGUUGGAACGGCGCUACGUGUACCGAUGUCGGACCAACGUUCACGUGCAGCUGUGUCCGAGGGUUCACAGGACCCACAUGCCAAGUCCAGAUCAACGAAUGUGCAUCUUCCCCUUGUCUGAACAACGGUACAUGCGUUGAUUUGGUGGAUAGCGUGACGUGUAGAUGUAUGGAGGGCUACUCGGGAAACUUUUGCCAGUUCGACAUCAAUGAAUGUUCCUCGAGUCCUUGUCUCAACAACGGGACAUGUAUGGAUAAGGAAGGAUCCUUUCACUGCACGUGUGGAGAGUUUUAUAAAGGGGCACGUUGCGAAAUUCUUGUUCCCGUUUCCUCGGUGCCCGAAAACCCUCAAUUCUCCACACAGGGUAUAACAGCGACAUCUUCCUUCAGUGCCACCUUCAGUGUCUCCACAUCUGGGCUUGUAGACGGCGACACAGGCUCCUCUACAGCGUCUUUCACAGCCUCCACUGUAACGUCAUCUAGAGCUUUCACCAACGCCGUUGAUUGGAGUAUGGACUUUGGAGGCAGUCUCAAACCCACCCCGGGGUUAGAGCCAAGCACUGACAUCGGUAUGACGGCCAAUAUGCCUACCUUCAAGAUUAAGCAAACUGUAUACACUACCUCGGAGACCACCUCUAUGAUCUGGCCUACGCUGGCCAGUAGCUGGACUGAGAGUUUGGCCACGAGCACUGUCUGGACCGGAAGUGUCUCUACGUCAGAAGAGACGACAGCGCCACCUGAUUCUUGUUUCCCACUUUAUCUCGAGGGGAAAUUGGGAACGAAAGAAGAGGACCUUUUUCACGAAAAGCUGACGCAUAUGCUCAGAAACUACGCUGAUCUGACUGGCAAUUUCAGCGUCAGUUGUCAGUUUGUGUAUUUCAAAGACGGAAAAGGAGGUCUGGUCACUGAGGUCACGCCGGUCAUCACUGUUGAUGGUCAGUUACUAGACACGUCCCAGAUGCAGGCGAUUUGUCAGAAAAUACCCAUUGAAAACCUCUUUGAUGGUUUUUCCCACAAGAUGUAUCUCGGCUCCAGAUUUCCGAUGUCAACUUCAUCAGCUCAAAGCGGCGAUCAGGUUCUAGGGAUGCCAGUCAUCGUUGUGAUCGUUAUUGGGACGGCAGUGGGUUUGAUCAUCACUGCAGUUGUCGUCUUUGUUAAAUAUCGAAGGCGAUGUCGGCACAGCAAGACGGCGACGUUGAACGGGGACUCCGAUGCGUUCCAGCACUUCGAGAACCAGCUUUACAUGCAGCCCCAUACCAUUACCGUGGCAGACAGAGCCUCGUCUGUAGACUAGGUCUGGAACGGUAGAGCUCGCCGACAACCUAUCAGCAACCAGCAAACGAACCAGAGACCUGCCAUGAGUUUUUGUGUACUAUUUUAAAAAAGGAUUACAUGUAAAUGUUCAGAUAAAGACACUAUUAUGUUGUUUUGUAUAAAGGGCAAACUAGUAAUAUAUAAGCUAUAUGAGAACAGUCUGUAAAUAAUCUAGACCAGACAAUCGACAGAUUGUCAUCACUCUGUGCCACAAGUCAUACACCUGUACCUAUUUUGACAUGGUUUCUGUCAACAGGCUUUGGUCCAUUUCUCUUUGGUAGAUACAAAGCUUUCAUUGGUAAUCACCAACUGGCCUCGAAAGAUCACGGAUUACGUGAAGUCUGAAUAUAUUCUGGGCUUUCCAGUAUCAUCAUUAGCAGGAGUGUUUGUACAAAUUUAUUAAUUAAUAUCGCUAUGUAUGUUUACCAGCGUCAGGAUUGUGUACAUAUUGACAUUAUUGUGGCCACAGUCUGUUGGAAAAAGGCGCUUAUAUUCAUACGCGAACCAACAGUGGAACCAGUCGAACACACCUAUACCCGACCGAUUUUGGCGUCCCUGGUGCUUGCUGUUUAUUCCAGUCGAAAUGCGUAUCACGAACUAUGGUAGUUACGAACUAAUAUGGCACUGUGAGUUUAAGUUUACGACGCUUUUAGCAAUAUUCCAGCAAUAAUGCGGCGGGAGACCCAAGAACUGGGCUUCACACGUUGUACCAAUGUGGAGAAUCGAACCCGGGUUCGGCGUGAAAAGUGAACGCUUUAACCACUGGGCUACCCAACCGCCCCAACUGAAUUUGAGCAACGUGUCAGUACCCUACUAUACCGAAGCUUGCCUUCUGUUGACAGGCCGUGUCAUUUCAGUGACGUGACAUCCUUACAUCCAGCUUGUUGACGAGGUCGACCUGUUUUGUCAUGUGGGAGGGGCGGCGGGGUAGCCUGGUGGUUGAAGCGUUCGCUCGUCACGCCGAAGACCCGGGUUCGAUUCCCCACAUGGGUACAAUGUGUGAAGCUCAUUUCUGGUGUCCCCCAUCGUGAUAUUGCUGGAACGUUGCUAAAAUCGGCGUAAAACUAAACUCACUCACUUAUGUGGGCAACGCGUCCGGCUUCGGAUGAGAAGGUCCGUGGUUCGAAUCCCAUCACUCGUUUGUUUCAUGUAUAUAACAUACACAACACAAAAGAAAGAAUGGGCUAUGUACCUAUUCUGUGCUCAACAGAAAUGAUGUGUAAACUCUAAUUUGAGACAAAGUAGUUGUGAUCAGACUGAACAGUUACGGUAUAGCCAUUGUAUGUUGUCAUGUGAUAGUCACAUGCAUGACCCUAUGUCGAGGUCAUCCGACUGUAUGCUUUCAUUUAUUGUUGAAGUAAAAAUGUAUAUAUUUCACACUUCAGUUCAUUUGAUUUGCUAUUCGCGUGGUUUAACAACUGGAACUUGAAGAUAUGCAUGUAGGCCCCCUGACGCCGUAUUGGAUACAAUUUAUGUAUUGACAUUCAACGCCAUGUAUGAGUACAUCAGUGACCUUGACCCUUAUUACUCUGCAUUGUAUUCUUAGACUAAACAGAAAAGAGUACCUUUAAUUCCCCAGGGACUGUGGGGGUAGUCGAGUGGUCAAAGCGUUCGAUCGUUACACUGGAGGCCCGGGUUCCAUUCUCCACAGGGGUAUUGUUAGUCGGGGGAGAUAGAUCUAAUGCGGCUAUCGUAGGCGACAUUACACGUAUCGUCUACCGAAAGUGUGGUUUCAGCUUAGUAAUUUGUAAUAUUUUGUUCUUGUCCAAUUUUCAUGCGUGUACAGUCAUGUUAAGUUUAUUUUUUUAUACAUUUCUGCUUUGUUGUUCAUGCUUGUUUACCUUGAUAUCUUGAUCCUGUACGGAUGUAAGUAUAACUAUAAGACGAUAUCUACAGGAGACAUCAUCGUCAAACUAUUGUAUAUAACUGUCCUCAGCUAACAUGAAAUAUUCAUGUACAUGAACAAAACGGAAAUAAAAGAUGAAAAAUAUA